AGGUUCCCACAUUAACUUUUUGAUUCCCCGGUAUGGCCAUUCAUUUUUGUAUCUCUGAAAAAAUACAGUAUCAUUUGUGGAAUCGCGCAACAUCGUACCUGCCACUUCAUCUUCAUUACCAAGACCUUAGAAUUAGAAAGUCAGGAAAGAGAAAGAUCCAUGAUUUGACUUGUUGAGUUCGUUCUUCAUUUGUAUGUGUAACUAAAAAAAAUAGUAGAACUUAGUAAGCUCCUCCUGGUCGAGCGAGUUGUCCUCUGAGCUCUGUAUGUUGACCUUGCGUAAGUUUGACCUGCAGCUACCACCACCAGCACCAAAAAAGCACGUGUGUCACACAACGAUUUAUGAUGAAGCUGGCGACCACCGUGACUUCAACCGCCGACGAGGCCGAGCUCGAGGAUGGCGACGGCAUUAGUACCAUUACCACCCUAGAUUGCACACCCUGUUCGUCGAAAGACAUUCAAAGCGGCGCCGGCUGCGAAGUGGCAUUUCCCCAAACAAUGGUGGCGGAGAACGAGGAGCUGCGUGGAGACCACAGGUUCAGUAGCGGCGCUUUUGGCCAAACAGAACAUGCUCUUGUAGUCGACGAUACAGCUCUAAUGCAGCACGAGGAUUCUGCAAGUCAACGCGACACUGUGGCUCUCAAGCAAACCAGCGUCUACUUCGCCUCAGCUGGUUAUGUCGAGGACGCAGAAAGUCCGCCAGGAACCGAGCGCGACAAGUCUCAACAAGGGAGCGCUGUGAACAUCAACGGCAGUAACGUGCGAAGAACCGCCGCAGGGCGACAGUACGUGUCUUCAAGUACCAGGCAGAAAGACGAGGAGAUGGCGCCAGGUUGUGAGGAACUGGUGACCACAGGCUCGUCAAGCUCACACUGGGAUAGUACUUAUCAUGACCCCCGCAGCUUCACCUUCGCGACCGGCGGGCUGGACCUGGAGAACGAAGAACCGCAGAGGUUGCAAAACCCGUCGACAGAAAAAUCGAGCGAAACCAAAACCUCCCGGCACGGAUCCUCACCCGCCCGGUCGAUGCGGCCACCCUUCUUGUCGUGCGAGAAAAGUGCAUCGUCUUCAUCCAGCACAACUCGAAGUUUGUUCCAGACCCAGAGCAAUACAGACUGUGGGCAGGUGCAGAAUAAAAGCUAUACCAGGCCCGUGCCCGAAAAUCAAAAUCAGCACCAGGAACAAUUAUGUUUCCUGUCAUCGACCAAGAGCAAGAUGAACAAUGAGACGACCACAUCCACUCUCAGCCUUGCCAAUCACGACUUGCUGCUGCGCUGGUUUGAUGAGACCACGGACGAGAGCGGCCCGGGCCGGCGAAUUGGCGUGGAUGAAGCCGAUGAUUCCGUGCGCGAGAUGGACUUUUCGGAAUCGCCGACUGGUAUUUUUGCCGGUAGUCCCCUCCAGCCGCGGAAGCGGAGCACGGAGCUACGGCGCGGGCACAAUAAAGCAAGUAGUCCGCUUUUUGAUCGCAGUGCGCGCGCCAAAAUCUCGCUGGACGAUGACCACCACGAGGACCUACCGUGGAGUCGGAGCAGCGCCUCCUCCUCGGCAUCAUCCAAGGCGUCUUCAGUCCCCCCGACUCCCCGUGAUGAAAACUUAUUCUUCCAUGCCACGAGCCAUCAUGAUCUACGACGAGGACAGCAUGAAGCGCACAUGAUCUCCAUGUCCGGAUCCUCGCCCCGACAGAAUGGUUAUUCUUCUAGGAAAGCAAGCAAAAGAUCGCCGCCCUCUACGGGGGUAGAAGUUCUCCACCUCAUCACCACGCCCGUUGUUUUCGUCGCCUCGAAUCUCGGGCUCGGGCGAAUUUGCUCGUCGUGCACCCGCCACUGGCGGACCAAGGAAAAGGCACUGCAAUACGUGCGGUACCGCUUCGUCCCACGCAGAUUCAACAAGAAACUUGGCCACUUCCCCGACUACGUCGCCUUCUGGGUCGUCGAACUGGUGUACGAGCGCGGGGCCAUUCGGAUCGGGUGCACCCUGAUGAUUCUCUCCUUCUUUGCCUUUCUGUUCCUCAACUGCACCUGGAUCAGCGUGAUGUGCUUCUUUUUGUUGUGGUGUGGAUGGCUGACGGUCUGGACGGGCUUCGUACAGUGGGUGAAUUUGCCGAAGAUUCACCAGGCCCUCCACGCGCUGUUCGCGGAGGAGGAACUCAGUCUGCUGGACUUGCUCAUACGCCGAUUGAAACGCGGCGACCUGCAAUACCACGUGAAGCGGCUUUUCAUCCUCGUCAAUUUCUCACUCAGUGCGGAGGAAGCGCAGCAGGUGCUAGCGGGCUGCCACCCCACGUUUAUCCGCUUCUUUGCGCUCAGCCCACAGAAGUUCUUCCGCAAGGUUUUUCGAAAACUUUUUCCCAAAAAUGCCACGGGAAUGUUGGAAUACGAGGCUGGCGGUGCAGCAGCGACGGACCCGAGGUCGCGUCCGGUUCCAAAGAUCAUGCCAAAUCACACCUCGGAACAGGUACUACAGGAAAACGACAACGGAAUAACAUCAACAUUUCAUCUUCCGGUUGGUCCCGAGAAGAACGUGAAGAAGGACAGCACUUUUGUUUCUGCCGAGCACCAGAUAGAAUCCUCUUACGAGUUUCACGACGCUGAAAGUGAUGGCACCUUCGGAGGCAUGCUUUUGAGCGCAGUCGGUCGCAUCAACGCCCCGAGUGCAUUGAAUAGUCCCGCAGAUGAGAUGAAUUCUGCAACUGAAGUGAAGCGGAAUAGCGAACAACCGGAUGACGACAGGCUGCAGGCAGCGACUAUUUCCGGACCCGACGGCAGUCCCGUUGGCAGUCGUCUUGCACCUGGAACGCCCAGUCCCUUUAGACCCGUUUCAGAAGUUGACGCACACGCUUACUGCUCUCCAGACGAGGCCGAUGAAACGAGCGAGGGUAAUAGAGCAAGGCAGACUACAACAAGACGGCAUAGCGAUAAUAUCGACGGUCCUACAAAGCUGCAAAAUCUCGCACGCAAGAGGGCACAGCAGCACCCGCUCCUGGACAAGUACGGGCGCCCGCGGAUUGUGCCGAUUCUGCACGGCCUGGUGCGGAAGAGGGUAACGCAACUGCUUGCGUCUGUCUGGAAGACCGCUUGGCUGACUGCGCAGAAGCUCGGACGCAAAGAGAUUCAAGACAGCUUGACGAGUAACUGGAAGUUUUACCUCGCGUGGGGCGUUUUGUUCCUCUGCAAACGAGGUGCGGUGGCUCUUCUUCCAGUGGCGACAAAAGCUGCUGCAGGGAGUAGCAGUAGUCUCGCCUCGACGAGUGCGACGAAGAACUCCACGACGAACCUGCGCGGCCAUUUUCUCUCCCUUCUAGCGGUUUUGAAGCGCACCGGUACCGACGCGUUUGCCUCCAUGUGGACAGCGGUUGCAAUAGUUUACGCUCUGCGCUGCCUACAAAGAACCUCUAACAACACAUGCACGCCGGCCACCUCUGCGUCGAACGUACCGAGGCCGUAAGGCUGGCACGACCACAGGUUGAGCGAGCAGAAAAACUCUCGGGAAAAAAUGUAAACUGCUAGAUAGAAUCGCCUCCUGGCUCGAGGCGGACGACAUGGAGAUGGACGAAGUCGUUUUCUGGCUCUAAUGCUUGUCUUCAUAUCGCAACCGAACCUAAUUUGAACUCAUAGAUCCACACGACAGAUGACAAGUUUUCAUGGCGAUCUCCUUUGCGACGCGCAUCCUUUCUCAUCGAACGCUUCCAUCUAUAAUUGAAACUUCCUUUCAGAAAAC